UGGACAUCUGCGCUUGGUUGGUCCUGAAAAUAUGUAUCGGCUUCGGGCAUCUCAGUACAAUCUACCUGCUGCAAUCGUUCGUGUCUUCGAUUAAAAAAGCCUAGUCGUUAUGUAAACACAUGUACCGAAGCCAUCGACCAGUGAUAACGAACAGCUUUAGAUACUUAUCUUUUAGGCGUAUACUGUACCGUAAUGGAGAAGGAAAAUGUAGCUAUCUAGCCAAAUUGCUAACACAGAGGACCCAACACCAAACCUUCGUAUGGAGAUUAAAACGGUUAUCAUCAAUCUAAUCUAUCAACGGGGGACAUUCAACCGUUUUGGGAUUUAUUCACUCAAGGAGACGGUGUGAAUCCACACAACUACAGGAGCUGUGUCCCAGCAGACGUCUAGAGGCCGUGCCAGACGUAUCUGACUACAGAGAGGACGAUCACCAGUGACACGCCAGUGGGGGUGGAGAGGGAGACAGUGCCUGUUGGAAAACCUGUUGGAUCUUUUAUUACAGAUUAUCACACUGCUCUCCUAACUGCCACUCUCCCCCUAUACACACACAGACACACACACACACACACACACACUCCUCUAGAAGUAGCCCUAGAGAGUCACAUAAACGUCUCGCAGUCACUCAGACACGCCCUCCGAGACCCAGAGUUGCUUCCCAGGGGUCGUAGUGGGAGGGUGUGUCCCCCCCUCUCGGUGCACUCCGCUGGGGGACGGAAGUAGAGGAAUGGCCCUGGGGGAAUGGGAAUGGCUGGCUGGCUGCCUCGCUCAGUGAGACGGCGGCUUAUGUAACUAACGGCCCUCCUCAUCGUCCUCUCCUUGGCUAGCUAACGCAGCUGGGCCUUGGAUGUCCACAUGUACUGGGGAGGAGCUCUUCAUCAAUCUCCACUAGGGAGAUCCAGCUUCUAAUUUUCAGGCCCUUCCUCUCUGGGUUCAACUUCACAUAGUUUUUUUUUUUAAUCCUUUUUUUGUUUGUUUUUCUUUAACCAUUUUCCUGGAGGAUCUUUCAGGGUGUUUCGGAUAUGUGCCCCCUCAUGGACUCCUACAGGUUACAGGGACACACACAAUUUGACCUGUGUACACGUCUUCUUCCACCCACACCUGUAGCAGGUGGGAUCGACCUCUGAGACCUCCCGCUUGUCUCCCGUUGGCUCAGGGAUGCCCCGACCAGGAAGACCAACGUCUGAGCGUCCGCCUACGAGCACAUUGGCGUUUUGAAAAUGCUGUUUGGACUGAAGGGACAGCCAUUUUUAUUUAGUGAGGAAACGAGCUGACUUCCAGAGCCACUACAGGACUGCCUGAUAUUAGUCUCCGCUGAUUUUACGCUCUUGUUUUGAUGUGGUUUUGUUUUCCCCGUCUCAUCUGAGGAUUGAGCCAACCAGGGAGCAAAAUACACAAGAGACAAGAGUCCCACUUGGACACAAUCAAAGACCAUUUUGCUCUCCUUUUCUCUCCUCUCUCUCUUUCUCUCUCUCUCAGUUUACACAGUAGACCAGCUACAGUGAUACCUUUCUAUCGAGGCAGAAAAUAAACUGCUAUGUUGCGAUCUUUUUACGUCUUGACCCGCAUCGAAUCAAAAAACCUUGCAAUCAAUCUCUACCUCUCGAUCGCUCCAUCCGCCUUUUUAAAACAUCUGUGUCAGAGCCACAUUCAUACUCAGUCGGUCACAGACAAGAGUAGCGGACAGACGGAACAGGCUACAGACUGAACCGUACAAUCUGCAGACGGAAGCAAUCUGUCAUCUUCGUCUGGAAGGGGAGAAGGUUAUUGGGUCUGAAUGUCAUUGAACUGAGCCAGAGGUCGUUAAAAUAUGAAGUUAUUGAUCCGGGCGUUCAUUGAACAGGGAAUGUAUAGCAGGUCAACCAAAGUGAUCUGCCUCAUCCUCUGUACCUAACUGACCUUUUGACCCCUCAAAGUUGAGUUGUUGUUGAAUUUUUUUUUUCUGAAGGACUAGAUGAGAGUGAGCUUGUAAUGAAUAAAGAGGAAAUGUACGUUUUUAAAACAGCUUCACCAAAUCAUAUACAUGAUGCUUUACUGAGACAUCCUACUUCUUCUUUUCUUUAGAAAAAGGAGGGUCCAAGAUUUUUCUAAACCCCACCGAAACAAUCAAGCCAUAUCACAGCUCUUUUUUUAUUUUUUUAUUUUACAAUUUUAUUUUUGUAUCGUACAAUCACUAAGCCUUCAAUUAAGUUAUUUACCUCUCGCACGCGCACAUUUCUUGAUAUUCCUUUUAAAAACGUCAAGAUAUUCACCCAAAUCCACUGUAAGGAACCAUUUUUAAAGACUAAAGAGAAGAAACCAAGCAAUUGAAAAGAAUCAGCCUUAAGAUUGACCCACAAUUGAGCAGAGCUUGUCGUUGUCGUCCUCCUGUAUAAAGCCAGUACUUCAAGCAUAGAGCGGCAACGCCUCAAUCUUACGAGAACACGUCUUUUUUAAAUAGCGGCUCUUGUUUAGCUUCAUGUCCUAGUCUACUUUUAUGUUGACCUGUGUGUUGAAACAAAAGGCCUUCUAGUGGAGUUUCUUUAAGCCUUUAGCUGUCAGAGUCCAACUCAAUCAAACCCCCCCCCAUCUAUCUCUGUCUUAUCUCCCCCCUUUCAAAUACCCUCUGUCUUAUCUUACCCCCUCCUCUCAGACGAGGCCGAAGGUCAAGUUGAAUAGACGCCCGACAACUUUAAGCAAAGGGAUAGAGUUGUUUUAUGAGCACGCGGUUUAGGGAGGGCUCUUCAUCCCCCUCUUUCCGGUGAACAUGCAGAGACGGGGGUCUUCUCUCGUCCUGGUCCGAUUGAGAAGGGGACUCCUCUACCUCCCUCUCUAACCCCGUCACUCCCUCUCUCUCUCUGUGCCCUUUCUCUUAAUCUCUCCCUCCCUCUUUAUCUAUACUCCAUCCCUCUGUCCACACACCCCAGACAAAUCCCCCUCCCUCCUCUCCCUCCCUGGGUAUUCCCCUCUCCCCCUGUGUGAUGCCGGGCAGCAGUAAGAGUGGAGGUGUGGGUGGCCUCCCCUCACCCCCCCACACCGCCUCCCCGUCCCGGCCACUUCGCCCGUCCCGCUACGUGCCCGUGUCGGCGGCGACAGCCUUCCUGGUGGGAUCCACCACACUCUUCUUCUGCUUCACGUGUCCAUGGCUGUCGGAGCAGUUCUCGGUUGCCGUGCCGAUCUACAACGGCGUCAUCUUCCUGUUCGUCCUUGCCAACUUCUGCAUGGCCACCUUCAUGGACCCGGGCAUCUUCCCCAGAGCGGAUGAGGAUGAGGACAAGGAGGAUGAUUUCCGCGCUCCGCUCUAUAAGACAGUGGAGAUCCGAGGCAUCCAGGUCAGGAUGAAAUGGUGUUCCACCUGCCGCUUCUACAGACCGCCCCGCUGCUCACACUGCUCUGUGUGUGACAACUGUGUGGAGGACUUUGACCACCACUGCCCGUGGGUGAACAACUGUAUCGGCCGGAGGAACUACCGCUACUUCUUCCUGUUCCUGCUGUCCCUGACGGUCCACAUCAUGGGAGUGUUUGGCUUCGGCCUGCUCUACGUCCUCUACCACACACAGCAGCUGGACAGGGUCCACUCUGCCGUCACUAUGGCAGUGAUGUGUGUGGCUGGUCUCUUCUUCAUCCCGGUAGCUGGUCUCACUGGCUUCCACAUGGUACUGGUGGCCCGGGGACGGACCACCAACGAACAGGUGACUGGGAAGUUUAGGGGAGGAGUGAACCCUUUCACUAAUGGCUGUUGGAAGAACGUUUCUCACGUGCUCUGCAGCUCCCAAGCGCCCAGGUACCUGGGGAGGAAGAGGAAGCCUCACAGUGUGGUUGUCCAGCCUCCGUUCCUCCGGCCACAGCUCACUGACACCCAGCUGGCCGCCAAGGUCCUCGACAACGGUAUCCACGGAGACCUCCACCGGUCUAAGAGUAGUCUGGAGAUGAUGGAGAGUCAGUCGUGCGAUGCGGAGCCCCCUCCUCCUCCCAAACCGGAGCUCAGGUACCCCGCCCUGUCCAGAGGCCACCAGGGACAACACACAGAGGAGAGUAGUCUUCUGAACAAAGCCCCGCCCACACCCACCAUGUAUAAAUACAGGCCGACCUAUAGCAGUCCAGGAAAGAACCACACUGCCCUUACCCAUGCCUACGCCAACCAGAUGAGUCGAGGGGACAGUCUGAAGGAGUCGUCCUCUCUGCUCCAGUCCAGCCAGCAGCCUGGCUUCCGCUCUGAACCCAGCCUGGAUGGGAGAGAGGCCCCAGGGGAGAGAGGGGGAGGAGGAUUGGGAGGAGGUGGAGACAGACCUGGAGGAGGGGGGGCACCAGGGUCAGGGGGUGGCGGUAUCCCCGGUUACUCCCUAGGGGGACGUUCCUACCCCUCCUUUUCAGACCCAACGGUUCUAUCUUCCGGUGGAGGGGGAGGUGCUUCCCAUUCUUCCAGCGUGCGUUCUGGCUCUGCCCACAACGCGGCCCAUGUCUCCGAGGCAACGACCUCCACGAGCUACAAGAGCCUGGCCAAUCAGACGCCCCCUCCGCGCAACGGCAGCCUAUCUUACGACAGCCUGCUCACGCCCUCCGAGAGCCCCGACUUUGAGUCGGCCGCACCCGACAUGUCGCCCGGGCACCACCGUACCCCGGCACCACCCCCCAUACUGGGGUACUCCUCCCCCUACCUGUCGGCCCAGCUCAGCCAGCAGAGAGACGCAGAGCUCCACCAGCCCUCCGCCUCCUCCGUAGCCCUCCUCUCCUCCCCACACCGCGCCCACUAUCUCCAGGAAUCGCAUCCCCACUCCCACCACUCUCAGCCCCCUCCCUCCUCCGCGGCCCCCCAGCCCCCCCACCCACACCACCACCAUCAUCACCACCACCACCACAGCAGCCACAGCUCCAGACCCCCCCGCUUUUCCCGGCCCCCGCUCCUGUCCGACUCGGCCGCCCCCCACCACUACCCGUACCGCACCCGGUCCACGGACACCCCACUGGCCCCCUCCACGCACCCCCCGCGUUCCCCCCACCCCCCGCCGCUGGGGAAGUCUCUGUCGUACUCUUCGGCGGCGGCGGCGGAGAUGCAGUACCGGAUGGUGCGCAAGGCGUCGGCCUCGGCCGGAGGGGGAGGGGCGGGAGGGGGGAUCCAGGCACCUAAGGACGAGAUUCAGAUGAAGUUGUUCAGCCGGACGAACGGGCAGCCCAGGUCCUCCGUUUCCUCCUCAGGCUCCACCCCUUCCUCCCCCUCUCACCCAAUCAGCAUGUCCACUCGCCCCGGACAGGCCUAUCCCAGCCCUGGAAACACCCAGAGCCCUGCCCACAAGCCGGGGGGCGGGGUGAAGAAAGUGACUGGCGUCGGCGGGACCACCUAUGAGAUUUCAGUCUGAGUUUGACGGGCGGCUACUCCGACUAAUGGCGUCAGGGGUUGAAGGUGAAGGAGGGGUCAGAGAUUGACUGAUGAUAUUUCUGCCUCUCGGACCCUUUCAGGAGAGGAAAGCUUUUAAUAAACAGACGUUUUAAAAGUUGGGUGAUGAGGAAGAGUGAAAUUACAGACUUUUCUUGCUCUUCUUCCAAAUGCGAUGGACUCCGGACUUCCUCUCUCAUUCAGAGACCUCCAGUCAAGGAACUACAGAACUAUUCGGGAGGAAGUUGUUUAACCAAUCACAUUCAAGAACACAAUACACCAUUAUGAGAUGGUGGGCUUACGGGCCCAGGGAGCCAAUCAUAAGAGGUGGGACUCUUUGACAAUCCACCAAUUUCUGGUCAGAUUGAACUCUGUGGGAAUGAUUGACUGACAGUUACAACUGGGUUUGCCUUUUAUUGGAUAAAACAAGGAAGAUCAACAUGGCUGCGUAUACACAGGCAGCUCAAUUCUGAUUAUUUUUUUGACCAAUCAGAUCAGCUCUGAGAAAGUAAAAGGGGAAAAAUACAUCUGGAUUGGGCUGCUUGUAAAAACAGCCAAUAUUUUAAAGAGAAAAACAAAAAUGUUCAUUCAUUCAUAAAUAUGUAAUGAUUCAUUCUCUGUACAGAAUUAUAUGGUUUUGAAUUUAUGGUGAUUUCCUCCAAUCAGUGGCAUUUAAAGGUGACUGUGGCAUGCACCGGCCACUAUGGGCCACUGUGAUUGGCUAGUGAUCACGCUGCCAUUCUCUCGCGACCAAUCAGAAAUGGAAAUGCUAAACUGUAGUAGACAGCAGGAUCAUUGGUAGAGUUAGUUUUUGGCCUGGCCUGGUUCCCUGGGUGGGCGGAGAUUUCACUUAAGGACCAAUGGAAUGAUAAAAAAUAAGAAACUCGACCAGUGACACAAUCAUCGGGUCUGUACUAAAGAUGGAGCAGCCUUUUCUAAACAAACUUUGGAGCAAUGGCCUUGAUAAUCAAGGUGUUUUAUUUUUUAUUUUACUUAUUUAAUUUCAAAAUGUUAUUUUAUAUGAAUUUAUAUAUAGCUGUUGAUAAGAUUUUUUUUUUAAGGGGCUGAUAUAGGGUUUUUCUGGUUUGAGUUAAUUUCAAAAUUAUAACCAAACAGGAAAGAAACUGUUGCCGUGUUCAAGUGCUAGUCGGAACUUGGGACAUUUGACUUAUUAACUGGUUUUAGUUAAACACGUGCCACGUUCAACCAGUUAGCAAGUCGAAAAUGUCAGUUUCCUAGUUCCGACUAGCACUGGAAUGCAGCUAAUUUGGAUUGAUGGCUGCACUAGCCAAUCAGAGGCUGAGUUUUGAGUAUUCAGCCAAAGAGAGGAGCUGGACAAUGAUAUGGUUCAGCCAAUGGGAAACAAUGUAUUUGAUAAAAGAAGGCGAUGUAGCAUUUUUAAAGUCCUUUGAUACACAGUAACCACUCGACUUCUCUUGGGGCAUAUUUCAGAAAUACCCUGCUGUACUUUCUGAUUGUUUACUUCUGAGCUUUGUAAUGGGUGUGUCUGAAAUGGAACCCUAUUCACUAUAUAGUGCACUACUUUUUGACCAGGGCCUAAAAGACUCUGGUCAAAAGCAGUGCACUAUGUAGGGAAUAGAAUGCCAUAACACACACCCAAUGUUUUGUUUUAUUGGUCCGGAUACUGACAUCUCUGGUUGCAGUCCACCAGCUGACCUAUUGAGAAACUAGAGAGGAUCACGUGCUUUGGCGCGACCAAUCCCAAGAGAGCAAGAGAUUCAUAUCAACCUACUCUUUUAUUCGUUAAUGGUUUAAACCAAUGAUGAGCAGCUGAAAGUCAGUAACAUCCUUUUAUAUUUAAUUUGUACUUUUCUCUUUUUUUUGCAAGAUUUUAAGACAAUUUACAGGGCAUUGCUUUAGACUGACAAGUUUGUUUGACCAGUCAGGAGCGUAGAAUGAAACAAAAUGGUCUCGGACAAAAAAAAAAGCACGUCGCCCAAUUUGUUUGACUGCCAUCAGGAACAACCAAUGCCCUUACAGAUGAUGUUUAGACAAGUACAGGCCCUGGACUUGGGUGUUUUGAAAUAAAUAAAAAGAAUUUAAAAAGUACUGUAUAGUUCUGUAUGUGUGUGGGCGUGUGCAUGUGUGUAUGUGCGUGUGUGUUUGAGCAUUGGUAAUAAAGUAUUUAAAACCAAA